AUGAGCUUGGACCCUUUGCUUCCCAUUGCUCCCGCGAGGGUGAAGGCGCUGCUGCUCCCCCUCGGAAAGAUCAAGGCCGCCAGAUUUGCGACGUUUGCCGAGAGGCUGCAGGCCGAGCAUGUCGUCCAGCUCCGAGACAUCAGCGCCGAUGGGCGACCCAAUAGGAACAUGUUCUCGCCAUUGGCGUAUCCCGACGGCGCAAUGCUGUACGACCUCAUCGCCCACGUCCCCCCACCCUCGCAUCUCGCCCUCUCCCCUUUCGACCUCUUUCGAGAGCCAAUGGCUGUUAUCGCGAUAGCCGACGGCCAGGAACUCGGCGAAGCGACGAUCAACAAGCGAGCCUCCAUGAACGGAAAGGGCCCCCGGCCAAUCGAGAAGAAUAUCAGAGCGCUGUAUCAGGAGCUUGAAGACCUGCGAGACAACUAUCCCAAAGCCCUCAUACACCGGGUCCUCAUCUUCGACUAUGUCUCGCCGUCGGCGGAAGUGCCCAUACCCGAGGGCAUGGCGGCGAUCCCCCCACUGGAAGAUUCAAAGAGAACCACAAUGAAGACGGUCAUGUGCGACGUAUCGUCCUUGCUACUAGCUGAGAUGACAACGCUAGGGAAAUCCUACGAGGCCAUGACGGCGAUUGAAUCUCCGGGAGGGUAUUCGCUGGCUAGACAGCUUAGCACCACGUCAUGGGGCCCGGACGCUACUUCGCCAACAAGUUUUACCAGCAAUUUUACCAGGAGGAACUCUCAGUUUGCUUUUCCGCCGAACCUACAGCGAUCCAGCUCUGCUUCGGGCUUGAUGGGCGACCGAUCAGGCGCGCGACUGUCCCUACCUCCUGUCCCGACACAGCGCCCCGGAUCAAGCGUUUCAACGCCAGGCCGCCCGUCUACGCCCCUCAAGAGCAAUUUAUCCAGCCCUCCCCUGAGCGCGGAUGAGCUUCCGAGCCCUUCUUCAAGUCAGAGACCGGAAUCUCCCGACACACAGAGCAGGUCUGAUCUCACCGAGGACACGAGCCACGACCGUGUUUCCGUGCAGGGAUUCGGGCCUGGAUCAGCAAACGACCGCUGGAGGCUUAAAGGAAAAGGCAGAUCUUCCAUUGUUAUAGGCUCAAUGUACCUACAAGCUGGUCGCUGGAGCGAUUCUUUGAAAGAAUUGAGCGAAGGAGCCGCGGCUGCCAAGUCAUUGAACGAUCACGUCUGGCACGGGAAAGCAUUGGAGCUGAUUUUGAUGAACCUACUGCUUCUCGGCUGGUCUGGCCUAAAUUUCCAAAUCCCGACAGUGUGUCAGCCUCCUCAUGAUAAACACUCAUCUCUUAAACCGGAGCCGGAAGAAAAGGACGGUGAUCCACCUAGACACGUUCGAUAUCUUCAGACCCUUCUUCCCGAGCUUCUGGAACGGAUUGUGGGCCUUUAUUCAAAAACAUCAACGGAAAACAUUCCUCCUUUACCGUUAGCGGAGACUACCAUCAGAUUCAGUAAAAUAAUGUUGGCCCUUCAUGUCUGCGAGGGCAAGCUUAAUCAAGCGGCGUUUGAUAUGAUUGUGCUGGGGAAAGGCACGGGGAAAGAACUCACAACAUCGCCGAGGCUGCUGAUAACGCCGACAAGACAGCAGAUCCUGACCCUCCUAUUCCAGGCGUUUCCUUCCACAGCCACGGAAUUGCUUACUACCAUUGAUCGAAUUUCAAUCCUGAGCGGCAUAGCAGCUGUGCUGGGGCCCCUAGGAUACCAUCGAAAGAAGGCCAUGGUUACUCGCGAACUGGUUUCCGUCCUCAUUGGAGGCCUUGUCGAAGCACGAACGCGCGGGGCUGCGGAUGCUGGAGUUCAUCCCGCUGCGGGUCUCGUAGCUGUGACAGCUUCUAAUCCGCAGGGCACUACCGGGGCAAUGGCCUUGGAUUUGGCUGAAGGAGAUAUUGAGCAAGGCAUAGAAGCUUUUCUCGAGCUCCUUUGCAAGUCUUACGGGGUUAUUGGGUUCGAUAGAGCGAAGCCCCGGCGGCAGUCGCUUCGGGAAGGCUUUGACGACUCUGACGAUGCUGUGAUUGCCAGAAUUCGCGGCCAGAUGAAGAUGCGAUUCUUUGGCUUUCCAGAUAUCAAACUCAACAUUCUACGAGCCUGUAUCAACUUCUCAGAAGCUUUACCGGACUUUAACGGAGUCCUCAAGUUUUCUAGCGACCUGAUGCGCACUGCUGGAUCGGGUGUCGCUCCGGGCCCUCGUCGUGAAGAUGCCUCCCCCAAGAUCUAUAGAGAUGAGCAGGUCCGUUUGAUAAGCAACAUUUCAAGGACUUCGAAUCUUGUCAAAAGAUUGGGCAUGUCGCAAUUGACGGCCGAAUUCUGGGAUGAGUUUCUCGUUCGAGAUAUCAAGUUGGAGCCGCUCCCAAGUACCCGGAUUCCUAUUCCCCACGCUCGCAGCAUUUUGCCGGGCGCGACGACGACUCGAGCGUCUCAGGAUGCUAACCCCUUCAUCUACAAUUCAUUCCUACAGGAGCCGGAUGAUGCAGCUGCCGCGAAUCUGGUUGCUGGCGAGCCUGCGAAAUUUAAAGUGACGAUCCAAAACGUAUAUGAUGUUGAGUUGGAUAUAGAAAGUAUAAAGCUAGAGACGGAGGGCGUCGAUUUCGAAGCCAUGACUGAUAGCGUCAUCAUCGGUCCUUAUCGAACACAGGCUGUCCGGCUGCAAGGUCUAGCAAAGGAAUCAGGGUCCAUCAAAGUAACGGGGGCAAUUAUUAAAGUAAGGGGCUGCAGAGAGAGAAGAUUCGCCGUCUUCCCCAAGCACUGGAAACCUUACCAAGAAGACAAAAUCAAGGUCAAGGGCAUCGCAUCGGUUUCUGUUCCUCUGAUGUCAGGCAAAUACCAUGACAUGCCUAUAGAGCCAGCUACCCUUGAUCUCAACGUCACCGAGCCUCAGCCCCUCGUGACGGUCAAGUCAACGACCCUUCCGCAAUCUUCAGUCAUGAUCUUGGAGGGCGAGAGGCAGAUAUUCUCCGUCACGCUGCAAAACCAAUCUACGACGCCUGUCGACUUUAUGCUCUUUUCCUUUAAAGACUCAACACAGGAACCUCUCCAAACAGCUCUUGCCAAUCGGGAAGCUACGCCAGCAGAGAUUUAUGAAUACGAACUGAUACUUAUUAAGAAGCAAGCUCUACGGCUUCCAAAGGCUAAUCAAAACCGCAACAUUGCUCCGGGAGGCGAAGCAACGUUCGAGUUUGAGAUUCUUGGCAAGCCAGGGCUGACGCAUGCGACAAUCCAAAUCGAUUAUACGUAUCUCGGAGCUCCUCGAGACGAGAUUACAGAGCAGUUCUACACACGGCAGCUAUCUUUGCCCUUGACGGUUACAGUCAACGCAAGCGUUGAGAUGGCAAGAAUCGAUGUGAUUCCCAUGCACGGCCUGAUCCCGCAGCCGCUGUGGGAGCGCUUGGGAGGCACCAAGCCUGUAAAGCCCGACGAAUACUGCCUACUGUCCGUUGACUUGCGAAAUGCCUGGCCUAGUCAGAUGGCAGUUCAUAUUGAAAACGAAGAUGGCAUGGCUGUUGAAGAGGGCAUCCUCCCCGGCAAGACGAGUCGAAUUAUAAUACCCGUCCGGCGGGUGUACCUCGAGGAUCCUCAUGCUUCAAUCCCCAGCCUCAAUCCCUCAAAGAACAGGCAGUUUGUGGUAAGCAUGAGCAAAAUCUCGCCCGAGAUGGAGCGGGCCAACCGCGAAGCUUUCUGGUACAGGGAGAAGAUUCUCGACAGCUUGAAGGCGACUUGGAGGACAACAGCGGUUCCUAGGCGGAACGGCGUUGCUGAACUUCGAAACAUUCGUCUUACUACCCGCAUGAUUGACAUCAUCAAGGUUGGCGAGAUUGGCAUAGAUGUAUCUGUGGAGCGUCCGAAUGACAGCGGGACAAGCAUCAACGUCGCAUAUGUGGAUGAGUUUCUACAAGUGCGAGUGCGAAUCAGUAAUAGAACAAGCCGUCCAAUUAGCUCACUGGUGAGACUUUUACCGGCACUUUGCCACCGUUCUGUCAAUAUCGCACUCGAUUACACACGAAAGUUUGUAUGGAACGGUACACUGCAGCAGCUUCUGCCAGAGCUCCCAGCCGGUGGCAGCACGGACUUUGUGCUUGGUGUGACGGCGCUCUGCAGAGGAGAGUUUGAGCUCACGGCAUCGGUCGAGGAGAUUCAGAUCUGGGAUGAAGCCAGUGAGAAGGAAGCGGAUGGAGAGCAAGGCCAGGGGCGGCCGCGGUCGGGUACCCAGACGAUGGUGAAUACGGUUCUUGGGAUGAAGGAGCGGAGGAUGUGGCAUUCGCGACAGCCGUGUAUAUUGACGGUGAGGGAUUCGGAUUGA